GAAAGAGAAGUGGGGGGGAGGUGGCGAGAGGAAGAGAGAGAUCUGGACACUCCCAGACAGAGAGUCAGAGAGUCAGUGGAAGUGCAGCAGCCACUUCUCUCCAGAGCGCGAACUCACUCACAUCAGCAUCUUUACUGCAGGUUCAGUUUCGCGGCACCGAGACGCUCCAGGAUGUUCUACUUUCACUGUCCGCCACAGCUAGAUGGGGAGUGCUGUCGCUCCAACACAUUGAAUUCAGGAGGUUUUGGAAACCACGCUCCGGCUGACUUUGAUGAUGGAUUCCUACGUAGGAAACAGCGCAGAAACAGAACAACAUUUACUUUGCAACAGCUGGAGGCUUUGGAGGCUGUCUUCGCACAGACCCACUACCCGGACGUGUUCACCCGGGAGGAGCUGGCCAUGAAGAUCAACCUGACCGAGGCCAGGGUGCAGGUUUGGUUUCAGAACCGCAGAGCAAAGUGGAGGAAGACAGAGCGAGGGAGCUCAGACCCUGAAGGGGGGAAGGAGCAGAUGAAUGAGGGCACUCCUCCCUCUCGCAGCAUCAACUCUCAGUCUCCAGUGGACCAGGGCAGGAAACAGAAAGAAACGCUGGAGAUGCAGCCAAGUAUCAACAGGACAGUGGGUCCUGGUGGUCCCUUCUUCCCAUCUUGUAUACCUGGCACACUCCUCAACUCUGCCACUUACGCUCAGGCCCUCUCACAGGUCGCCACACUGAAAGGUAAUGGUUUGUGCUCCUGCUGUGUCUCUGACCCCAUGGGCUUGUCCUUCCUGCCACCCUAUGGUUGUCAGGGCAACCGCACAGCCAGCGUGGCCGCCCUGCGCAUGAAGGCCCGCGAGCACUCGGAGGCUGUGCUGCAGUCAGCCAACCUUCUCGGUGCGGCAACUGGACCCGGCGCCGGCGUGGGAGUCCUGUCCGGAGUUGGAAUGAGCACGGCCGGGGUCGUAAGGCCGACACUGGGUCCCGCCAUCGAGGUGCCCGUCUCUGUUGGGAGAGGGGGAGACAGCUCCAGCCCCAUCCCGGCCACCAAGAUGCCAGGGUUGGGCAGCGGCAGUUCUGACAAACACCCUCACUGCUCCAAGGACCCGCAGGAGAAAAAGUGAAGCGCUGGACACAAACGUGGAUGUACUGAUACUUUAAAAUCUGUGUGAUCGUGCCUGUUAUUACUACUCUACUCUGAUCCCAUGAGCCACUAAGCACAACAACCGACUCCAGAAACAGCCGGGGACAGACUUUUUUUUUUUUUUUUUCCUGAUUUCACGUUGUAUGGAUGCAAACAUUAAAAUAUUUAUUUGAAGGUAAAUUAUCAUUGUGUGAAAUGCUGAAAAACUGGGGCCUUGUGACUCCCCAUAAAAAGCACAACUGUGGUUUUGGAUCUAUAUUUGUCUUCAUGCACUCGUGGACUCUGUUUGAUGGACUAACGCAGACACGACGCGCGCGCAGCAAAGACGUACUUGAUAAUGUGAAUUUAAGUAAUCGUCCUCGUACAGUCGCUCUUGUUUUCUCUGAGAGGACAGAUGCUUACAAUGUGAAUGUUAAUGCAUGUAAACUGUAAGUGUAGCGCUGAUGGCAGGGCAGGGUGAGGAUUUUUUGCAAGAUUUUGGCAAUAUAAUGUUCAUGCCAUCGGGUCAAGAGUGGGCUCAAACAAUCGUCUCUCAUUUUUUUAAUAAUUUUUUUUUUCGUUUUUACUUUAAAGUGAAAUUGCACUUUAAUAUUAAUCAGCCAUUUUCCGUGUAAAUGUGUACAUGUGCCAGAUUACAGUAUGCUCAUGUGUGUGAACCCCAGGCAGGCGGCAGCAGUGACGGAGCGGCACUUGUCCCCUCCACUCUGUUAGCACAUCUGUAGCGCCAGCAGACAAGGAACACACCGGUCCUGUUGUGACAUGUUCUUUAAAACAAUUAAAGAUGUAGUCGCUCAUGUUCCUCUCCUGUUGCCUCUCGCUCCAGCCAUCUGUUCUGAUACAUUAUUUAUCAGCUUCCCCUUAAAGCCGGGAGAGGAGAGCAAUUGCGACUCUUAUUAUUUAUUUACUUUUAGGAACGCUCCCUCCUCCUCUCAACGUCUCUCCGAGCAUUUUUUUUUUUAAAUAAACCCCAUUAAAAGUGAUAUAUGCUAUUUAUUAACCUUGAAUUCACAUUUUAAAAAGCAUAAUUACUCAUCACCUCAGGGCUCCUCAAACCCCAGUUUAUCACGGGCAAUAUAUAUGUUGAUUCAUUAUCCCUAAAUAUCUCUUCCUCCCUGCAAUGACUCUUGAAUAAAGUAACAGCUGAUCAGGCUGAGAAUACUUAACUGCAGAGUACACAACCAGUAGUUGGGCUGAUUCAAUUUGCGUCCUUGAGGAUUUUCAGGAAAUUACUUUUGAUAGUCAAUAACACAAUUAAGUAAACUACACACACAUUAUCAUGAAUAAUUGAUAAGAAAUUAUGUAUUACCAUGAAGUACUGGUUCAAUAAUUGAUGAGGCGACACCCUGGUGACACAGAAGAGGGAGAUAAUGUCAGAAGUCGUGCCAGGUUGUACACAGAGUACUCACAUCCUGUUUUUAACACCAUUGUGCGUGCAUGUUGUAAAUA